GCAACGCCGAAAGAGGACGACGCCGCUGCCGUCGCCGUCGCCUCUGAACCUGUGAUAGAACACCAGCAAGGCAGCAGCCGUGUGUGCGAUGAGUGCUUGCCGAGAACAGAUGGGCGCUAAAGUGCAGGGCUGAAAGGAGAGAGAGAUACAGGCUACAGGGAUGUAGCUAGGGGGUUAUAGAAAUUUAGGCCAGAGAAAAAAAAAAGAACGGCGCCGGCUCGGGGCAGGCACCAUGCUGGUGGUCUGGUACAAAAAAGAGGCCAGGCUCAGGCUGCAGCUCCGCCACAGAUAACAGCCUACUUGCUUGCUUCAGCUGGCUAGCCGGUAGCGCCUCUCUCACGGCCUCGCCUCACCCCACCUCACCUCAUCAGGGUUCUCGAGUUCUUUAGGUAGCUCUGGUCUGGCCAGGUGACUGCAGCUGGUCGAUUGCCUGCCUCAGCAGAUCAAGUGCCAUGGAGGAAGGCUCCGGAGGGAGAGCUCCUUCCACUCCUCAACUGCUAAACCUCAUCCGAGGCGAGGGAGAAUGGAAGGUGGUUAGGGAGGCAGCAGAUGGAGGGAGAUCGUCAAGAACCACCGCAUGCUCUGAAGCCGAGGAGGACACGAAGCUGGAGCUGAAGCUCGGCCUCCCUGGUGUCCAAGAGGAGGAGAGACCAGCCGGCCCCAGAGAGAAGAUGCAGCAAGGACAGGAGAGCUGCACGGCACUCUCCCUUGGUUGCUUCCCAUCACAUUCGAGGCUCGCCACUAGCACUGCUACUACCACAGGGGCAAAGAGAGGAUUCUUGGCCACCGUUGGUGCCAAGGCAGAAGGUUGUAAUCAGAGGCACCAGGACAGGCAAGGGUGUGGGAACGAGUUAGCAUUGGCAGAUGAAAACGUGGCAGGUGAGAGGAAGAAAGGGUGCUGCCCCCCGUCGUCGUCGCAUGACUCGGCUGCUGGGCCUGUGCGCAGCAGCAGCAAUCUCCACCAGGGGAGAGGUGCUGUUCUUCCAGUGGUCGGUUGGCCUCCAGUCCGGGCCAUCAGGAGAAACCUCACAAAUGGCAGUUCAUCUAAGCAAUCCCCUGACCGGCAAAAUGAUGAAGCUGGUGACAAGGCGAAGCUCACCUGCAAGAGGAGCCCGCUUGUCAAAAUAAACAUGGACGGCAUCCCCAUUGGAAGGAAAAUAGACCUCGCAGCAUACGACAACUUUCAGAAGCUGUCAUCUGCCGUCCAAGAGUUGUUUUCUGGCUUUCUUGAAGCUCAGAAGGACUUAGACUGUACUCGAAGUGGAGAACAAGGAACGGAAGAGAAACUAUUUUCUGGGUUAUUGGAUGGAAAUGGCGAAUACACUUUAGUUUAUGAAGACGAUGGAGGGAGCAGGACACCAGUUGGGGACCUACCAUGGAAUGUAUUUGUUUCUACGGCUAAGAGGCUGAGGGUUAUGAAAAGUUCAGAGCUUCCCCAUGGCAUUGUAAGUAUAGUGCAGAUUCAAGCUGUCUUUGGUUUCCCUGAUUAAAACUACCUCUGGGAGGGCAGCAGAUCAUUAAUAUGAGGCCAGUCGUCCUGCCAUUGGAUCAUGCAAGCUGUUUCAAUCACCGGCUUCCUUCAGAUGACUCUUUUUCGCUUGUAGAGAUAUCUAAUAAGAUAAAUGUUAGCAUAUUACAGAUGCCUAAGUGCACUGCAUAUUUUGUAAUUUUCCUUGCUAUUUCAGAUAUAGCUAUGCAACAUGAUCUAGUAGGAUUGCUAAA